AUGGCCGCGCUCCGCCUCCCCGCCCCGCCGACGGCGAGGUGGUCCCCGCCGGCGCCGUCCUCCGCGCGGUGGCAGCACCCGCUGUGCCGGGGCGGCGCCAGGCGUCCCGCGGGCCUCGCGGCGCUGCGGGCCGGCGGGGAGGAGGGUCCGGGCCCGGAGGAGCCGCCGGUGAGGACGCUCCUGAUCGACAACUACGACAGCUACACCUACAACAUCUUCCAGGAGCUCUCCGUCGUCAACGGCGUGCCGCCUGUGGUGGUGCGCAACGACGAGUGGGCGUGGAGGGACGUGUACAACUGGGUGUACAAGAAGAGGGCCUUCGACAACAUUGUGAUCUCGCCGGGCCCUGGAUCUCCGGCGUGUCCUACCGACAUAGGUGUAUGUCUGCGGAUACUUUGCGAGUGCGGAGAUAUACCCAUCCUCGGUGUCUGCCUUGGCCACCAGGCCUUGGGAUUAGUUCAUGGUGCUAAGAUUGUUCACGCUCCUGAGGCUAUACACGGGCGACUUAGUGAAAUUGAGCAUAAUGGAUGCUACCUCUUUGAUCAUAUCCCAUCAGGUAUAAACUCUGGAUUCAAGGUAGUGCGAUACCAUUCACUUGUAAUAGAAGCAAGCUCACUGCCUGAGGAUCUUGUAUCAAUAGCAUGGACGGCUUCUCCCAGAAUGCUAUCUUUCCUUGAUAGCGAUAAGCCUGACAACACUUCAUUCUGGGGAUCAUUGAAUAACUUUUCUAUAACAGACCCUUUAGGGCGCACUAACAAUUGUGAAGUUCCAGUUACCAUAAACAAUGCUAGUAAGCCAGACGGCUACAAGAUUGUCAUGGGCAUCAAGCAUUCCAGCAUGCCUCAUUAUGGAGUGCAGUUCCAUCCAGAGAGUGUUGCUACUCAUUACGGAAGACAGAUUUUUCAGAACUUUAAGAGGAUAACAACUGAUUUUGGAUCACAAUCAUCGUUGUUUCAGGAAAGAAAGGUUCACAGUAUUGGUAAACUGGAAAGCCCUCAAGUCAAUUCUGCAGAUCAAUGCAAUUAUGUCCCGAAGGGCUUGUCACACACUGAAGGACUGGAGCUUGGCGAUUCUGUUGGGGUUCACAUGCUUGCAGAGAGAAAUGUCGAGAAAAAAUAUUUACGGUUGAGAUGGAAGAGGAUUGGUAACUUUCUCAGCCGCACAAGUGGCUCUGAAGACAUUUUCUCGGAGCUUUUUGGUCAUCAAAAUGCUGAAGAUACAUUUUGGCUGGAUAGCUCAUCAGUUGAUCAGAACAGGGCACGCUUUUCAUUUAUGGGCGGUAAGGGUGGACCUCUGUGGAAGCAAAUGACUUUUCAUCUCUCAAAUCAAAGGGCCAACUGUGGAGGAACCAUUACUAUUCGAGGUGUUCAUGGAUCUGCUGUGAAGAACUCUCUCAAAGAUGGCUUCUUGGAAUUCCUUCACAAGGAGAUUCAGUCCAUUAGAUACAAUGAAGAGGAUUUUGAAGGGCUGCCAUUUGACUUCCAUGGUGGAUUUGUUGGAUAUCUAGGGUAUGGUCUUAAGGUUGAAUGUGAUGCAUCAUCUAACAAAGCUAAAUCAAGUACUCCUGAUGCAUGCUUCUUCUUUGCUGAUAACCUUUUGGCGAUCGAUCACAACAAUGGUGAUGUAUAUAUUCUGUCAUUAUAUGACGAAUAUUCUUUAAGUAAUGGAAAUGGAAUGCACCAUAAUACAACACACACUUCAUGGUUGCUGGAGACUGAGAAGAGGCUUCUCAGGAUGGCUGCUGUGUCACCAGGACUACCGAUUAAUGGAAAAUCACUCAUUGGAUCAUCCAAUGUGAAUAAGCCAAGUUUCGUCGUAGAAAAAUCAAAGGAUCAAUACAUUAAGGAUGUUCGAAGUUGCCUGGAUUAUAUCAGAGAUGGAGAAAGUUAUGAGUUGUGCCUGACCACUCGGAUGAGGAGAGGGAUAGAGUAUAUAAAUGCUCUUCAACUGUACCUUAAACUGAGAAAGCAAAAUCCAGCCCCCUAUGCAGCCUGGCUUAACUUCUCGUCAGAAAACCUGAGUAUAUGCUGCUCUUCUCCUGAGAGGUUUCUGCGACUAGAUCAAAAUGCAAUUCUGGAGGCAAAACCGAUCAAAGGUACUAUAGCACGUGGCAGAACACCCGAGGAAGAUGAAUGUCUACGCUUGCAACUGAAAUACAGUGAAAAGGACCAGGCUGAGAACUUGAUGAUUGUCGAUCUCUUAAGAAAUGAUCUGGGCAAGGUCUGCGAGCCCGGGAGUGUGCACGUUCCUCGCCUCAUGGAUGUCGAGUCAUACAAGUCAGUUCACACCAUGGUUAGCACCAUCCGCGGAACAAAGAAGCCCGACCUAAGCCCGGUCGACUGCAUCAAAGCCGCCUUCCCAGGGGGCUCGAUGACGGGCGCCCCGAAGGUGAGGUCGAUGGAGAUCCUUGACGUGCUCGAGAGCAGCCCGAGGGGCAUCUACUCGGGGUCGAUCGGGUUCUUCUCAUACAACCGCACGUUCGACCUGAACAUUGUGAUCAGGACGGUGGUGCUGCACGACGGGGAGGCCUCGGUGGGGGCGGGCGGGGCGAUCGUGGCUCUGUCGGACCCUGAGGCGGAGUAUGCCGAGAUGAUGCUCAAGGCUAGGACACCGACGAGGGUUGUCGAGGAGUGCAGCCAACAGGCCGCGGCGCACAGCAGUCCGGACCGAUCGGAUUCGGUGCGGACGACUAUAAGUUAG